GGACUGACAUUGUAGCAUCGAAGCUCCUUCUAGAGAGUGAUGAAAAUCUCUUGAACCUGCUCUCAACGUCGCCAUCUGCUGAGGGUCCAGAUUUCCUUCCAUCCAUUAAGAAAUCCCUGGCUUUUCUGAAAGAAUACCCAGACUGGCGAAAAGUGUUUCCGAUGUCGCAGCCACGAGUAUGGUGGCGGACAACGAAGGGGGGAUGGCAGAGGCAUGUCUUGCCGCGGCAAGACCACCCAACUACACUCACCCCUAGGGCUCGUGUCCUCACGGCUAUGACGGCCAUGGAUAGCUUAACAGGCUUCAUUGGCAGAGAGGAUAACGAUGAUGAGGAAAUCCGACCGAAAGGAAAACAAGCACGCCUGCCUUGAGAUUUGUGUUCCGCACACUGAGAGAGAGAAAACCAACCCCGAUGCAUCUGCGCUGAUGGUAGCAACAGCUGUGGGGCAGUCGGUUGGCUUGUGCAUCAUAUCCUUGAAGCUUGGGUGAUGCCUUUGAAGAACGUUCUUCUCACUGCUUUGCUUUACGGACCCGAUUUGUCCGUUUCGUGUGACAAUUAUGAAGCUUUUGAAAGGGAAGGUAAAAGGCCACAGCUCAUAGACCAUAGACUAUGUUUGGGACCUUGGUGACUGCUUUUGCUUUACGGACACAAUCCGUCCAUUUCGUGUGACGAUUGUGAGGCUUCCGGAAAAAGGUGCACUGUUGUGAUUCCACAAGGAAAGGAACUUAAAAAAAAGCCACAGUUGAUACACUAUGUGUUUGGGACCUUGGUUCUUGCAACAUCCUGCAGCAGCCUUGGCCAGUGCCCACCCACCCAUGUGAAAAUGGGUAGUGACACUGUCAAUGGUUGAGGUAAGCCAAAAUAUGUUGCCUGGUAUCCAAUGUACACAGUGAAUGAGUAGACUCCGUUGCAAGCAGUGUGAAGCAGUUUAUUUGUUUUUUGUUUGCUGGGGCCGCCACAGGGGGCGGGACAAAUCACUGCUAACGAUGGAUCGACAAGGGGUCGUCUCUUUCGGAUUGGCUAAAGGAAUGUAGAGCGCUUCCAAUUCACCUAUUCAACAGGCAUCAUCUCCUGAAGAUUGUCCAAGUGGACAGAGCAGUGCGGAGUGGUGCAGUUAAGAAGGCCACAGGAUAACGCAGGGUGUGCAAGUGCAUCACAAGCUUUGGUGAUCUUUUCAUGUCAUGCUGGCAACGUAUUUAUUUCGAUGUCCCAUUGCGCGAUUGCCUUGGACGAGACCAAGAAUGGCUUCUUUGCGUGCGCAAAGAAGAGUGUAACCAGGGGUGUGUGCACCGACACAGCGGAUGAUAGUGUUUGCAGGGAAACCUAUCACAAACAUGACGGUAUAGGAGGCGACGGCCCCCACGAUGAGGUUGACCUAGAAUCCGCAGUGCAUCUCCUGGACUGGCAGCUGCUGGUCUGUUUCCAGCCUUCUGAAGGAUGUGUCUUGUUUGGCUUUCCUCCACCCUUAUCUUCGUUCUCGGGAGCUCAAUGUUCUCCUCUCCACCCUUGUCAGAGUUAUGUAUUCAGCAAAAUGGGGAUUUUGGAGCCGUAAUGGUAAGAUUGUGUCAGUCCGCGAGAAGCUGCACUCAGUAUUGUAAGUACAAUAGCUUGUGUAGUCUCCUCAUAGCUUUGCUCACACACACUUCUACUUCCAUUUGUGUUGCAGUUUUUUUUUUGUCUGGCAUCUUUCUGGUGGUGCUACGGCAUACCUUGGCAGUGAACAGGGAAGAGGGGAAGAGAAAGAAGAGGGACCGGCUUCACUUUCGCCUCAAUUAUGUUAUUCGAUAUCCCUCUCAAGGACCCCCAUUGCGUGUUCGCCGCGCAAUUCGUCCGCCAGGCUAAAGGAUGAAGCUCCACCCAAUGCUACCGAGGCGGAGACCAUCAAGCGUCAGGUCGGUACAAGGAAGCAGCCCCUCCUCUUCUCUACCGAGGCGGAGACCGUCAACUGUCAGGUUGGUAGAAGCAAGCAGCCCCUCCUCUCCUCUACAGAGGCGGAGACCGUCAAGCGUCAGGUCGGUUGAAGGAAGCAGCCCCUCCUCUUCUCUACCACGGCGGAGACUGUCGAGCGUCAGGUCAGCAGAAGGAAGCAGCCCUUCGUCUUCUCUACCGAGGCGGAGACAUUCAAGCAUCAGGUCGGUAGAAGGAAGCUGCCCCUCCGCUUCUCUACCGAGGCGGAGACCGUCAAGCAUCAGGUCGGUAGAAGGAAGCAGCCCCUCCUUUCCUCUUCUAAGAACUGCUGGAUACCGUGUGUCCAGAAUCAGCUUGUAGCGACCUACCAGCCGUAGAUAAGGACUGAGCCAAGGUUGAUGCGGGUGAAGAAAGAUAACCGGUAAUGUAUUUCAGCAUCUAGAAGCGUGCGGGAUGAAGUGUGUGGCGCGUAGAUGGAAAUGCAUGUGCAUGCUGGGACUCGCAAUCCUUCGCGCAGGGCCAGUCUGUCACUUUGUUUUGCAAUGUUGUUAUUGUUGUCGUGUCGUUUUUCUCCUGUCGGCGUGCAAAAUUGAUUCUUGCUCAUUGGUUGUCUGCAUGAAAUGUGCAGUGUCUCGUGCUCGUCCUUUGAUGUUUGUGUGCCCAUGCAAAUUGUGUAAUGUCAUGGCACUGACCAGUGACUACUAGUAUAGCACCUCCUUUUCAAGUCCUACUAUGAUGGCAUUCAACCAUCAUCAAGGUCUUUUUUUUUUUUUUUUUUUUUUCGGAUUUUGCUCCGGUUUAUUGGUGGGGAGCAACACCAUCAAGGUCUAAUCUCUUUCCCUUGAAAAGAAGCACCGGUGUCCUCAAUUUUGUAACUAACACCUGAUGCCAGGGAGUCGUCGACAAUGCUGGAUGAAGUGAGCGGUGAAAGGAGAAAGCCUCGCUGCGCACCGAAGGUGGUGUGUAUUGAAGUAAAGCCAUUGUUCUGCC